AUGGUGCAAAAGCCACUAUUACACAAACAUGUGCCUGCUGCUCCUCCGCAUAUUUCUCAGAGGAGAGAGAGAGAGAGGAAGAGAGAGAGGAGAGAGAGGGAGAGAAAGACAUUCUUUCUCCUGCAACAACAAACAAUUUGUAAAUUUGCAACAUUUCGAAGCAAACCAGGUGGUGAGCCGUGUAAGGAUUCAAGAACAGUUGAAAUCAAAGUUCCGAGCUUCGAUGGUAAUGAUAAAGACAUCGAGCUGUCGACCGGUGAAAUCCACGAGUUCGUUUUCCAUGCAUUGGAUGACUCGGGGGCCCCACAUUGUCUAGGUGGCGACUACUUCGAAAUCGACCUCUCGGGCGAGAAAUGGAAGUCUAGGCCUCCGGUGAAAGACGUCGGAAACGGGACCCACGCGUUUUCCCUCCAAGUGCACCCCGAUUUUUCGGGCGACUACAAUUUGACCAUCAUCCUAUUGUUCCGCCACUACGAAGGGCUUAAAUUCUCCCCCGAGAGAUUCGCGUUCGACAAGAUUCUCCGUGUGAUUCCGAUAAGAUUCCUCAAAUCCGAAUCCCAGCUACCCGCGAUAAAUCAAUGCAGGAGUUUCGAUUACUCCAAGGAUGUUUGGUCCGGGCGGUGGACCCGACACAGCAAGAACGACAGCUGUCCGAUUAGUGACGACGGUCGGUAUAGAUGCCAAGAGCCGGGUUUUUCUUGCCCCGCCCAAUGGUGCAACGGUCCGUUAGGGUUGCUCGAGAGUAACGGGUGGGUAUAUUCGACCCAUUGCUCGUUCAAAUUUUUCUCGCCCGACGAAGCGUGGGGUUGUUUGACCAAUCGGUGGAUCUUUUGGUGGGGAGAUUCCAACCAUUGCGACACGAUCCGGAACAUUCUAAACUUCGUAUUGGACGUGCACGACAUCCCCGCAGUUCCGAGAAGAUUCGAUAUGAACAUCACAAACCCUAGAAACCCUACGCAGACGGUCCGAUUCACGAGCAUUUUCAAUGGCCAUCCGAACGACACCGGAAAUUAUCAGGGUUUGAACUCGUUGGUCAAUCCGGAGUAUCAAGAAUUACUAAAAGGGUAUUUUUCGGGAAAUGUGGUCCCGGACACUAUUAUAAUGAAUUCGGGCUUGCACGACGGUGUGUAUUGGCCGAAUAUUCGGAAUUUUAUCAGGGGAGCCGAUUUCGCGGCCUCGUUUUGGGCAAGUGUAGUGGAAGGAGUACGGAGGAGGGGGCUUGCGCCCCCCGAGAUUAUAUAUAGGACCACGGUGGCAACGGGUGGGUACGCUAGACGACUUGCGUUUAAUCCUCAAAAAAUGGAGGCUUUCAACGGGGUCGUUUUGGAUAAGAUGAGGAAAUAUGGGGCGCUCGGAAAAGUGAUCGACGAUUUCGACAUGACUUAUCCGUGGCAUUACGAUAAUCGAUGCAACGACGGGGUCCACUACGGGCGGGCCCCGCUGAAGAUGAAGUGGAGGGAUGGGGAGAUUGGUCACCAAUACUUUGUUGACCUUAUGCUUUGUCACGUGCUGUUUAAUGCAAUGUGUGUGAAAUAAUUGUGAAUUUGUAUUUUUUUUUGUAAAUGUAACACAAUUAUUGAGCUGUCACAUGAUAUUUUGAUAGGGACAAAUUAGAAGCAAAUUUUUGUUAGCCCAAUUCUUUGAGGUGU